AUGCAUAAUAACGAGGCUAAUGAAAACCAAACCCCUAUGAUUUUAAAGGUUCUGUAUACUGUAGACAAUGAGUUAACUCCAUUUUUAUCUCGUAGUAAAGCACCAGUCCAAGUUGCGGUCACUGCAUUUCCUUCAACAAAUAUAUUAAAGGGCAAACCUGAUAAUACUAAUGAUAAUAGUAUUACACAAAUACAAAUUGGAAUAAUCGAUUUACAAAGUGUUUUAAACCAAGUAUAUUCCAAUUCGCCUGAGUUAUUUGAAAUAAGUACCAACACUACAUUAAAUAAUAAUAUGCCUCUAGAUUUUAAUAUUUAUUACAAGGAUAUAAUAGAGGAUGGCGAACCAUUUGUUAGUUUAGGUUUAUUAUCUAACAUUUUUGAUCCAAUAAAUAGUUUUGACAAUAAAAAUAAAAACCAAAUGAUUAUUGGUCGUGUUUGUACCAAUUUUGCUGCUUUAUUCAGGAAAAAUGGGUUUUUACAAACAAAUGAUAUUUUGGAGAUAAAACUACGAUUUUCCAAAGUUAAAAAAAGUAGUGCUAUAAAUUCAGUUGUUAAUAGUAGGAGGCCUAGUGUUUCUAAAUCACAAACAAUGAUAGCUGGUAGUAGAUCGUUCAAUAGUAAUCCUACUGGUAAAAAAGUGAAGAGAAUCACUAAUCCUAAACCAGCACCAAAAGCUUGUAAAACACAAUCAUUACCUAUUUGGAACACGCAAUUGGCUCAGCAAAUGCAGACAACAAAAAAAACCUUUAAACCAUCUAUUAUCAACAAGAUUUUAAAGGCCGAUCAAAAAAACAGCAUCAAUAAUAUUACUAUAUCCAAUAAUAAUAAUAAUAAUAAUAAUAAUAAUAAUAAUAGUCCAACGAAUACUACUACUGAACAUUUUUUCUCAAUUCAAGAUAGGAAUACUGUUACCAAUACGAAUAACAAUAAUGAUGUCGUUAUAGCAAAUGAUGUCAGUAAAAGAUUUGAUUUCCUAGACAAUCUUCCCACCAGUAAAAGAUUAAAAAAAAUUCCCAAUAAAAAAACUAGUGCGUCCUCCACUACUGCCCACAAUAAUAUCAAUUCUGUAAAAAAACUAAUGAAUUCCACAGAAAACAAUGACAGGAAGCAAUCAAUGCUAGCACAGAAUGGCAACAAGAAUAAUAAACUUGCAUCAAAUAAGGCACGUACCCCAGAAUUGGUGGAUAAAAUGACAACAAAGUACUACAACAACAAUAAUCAUCAUUUUACAGGUAAAUCAGGCGUUCAAGAUAUCGGACCAUUAUCUAUUGAACAAGAUUUCUCAGUUGAUGAUGAAGUAUUAGAAGAUGAUUAUGAAGACAUUCCAACAAAUGUCAUAGAAAAUUCAGAAAGUAGAUUAGACAUUCUAAAUAAUUCCACGUUUAAAACUAAUAGCAUAUAUGGUAAGAAUAGUUUUAACAAUACUCAUCGAAAUAGCAAUAAAGAAAAUUUGCCACCCCCUUUAAACGAAAGAGAAAUUUCACCCUAUACACAAUACACUGAUAUAAAAAAUUUGGAUUUAUUGUUUGGUAAAAAUAUGACGUAUAUUGAAGAACUGGUUUACACUAAAUAUAAUAAUAAUGUCGAUAAUAAAGCAUUUGGUAUUAUAAAUAAUUCGAAAACCAAUAAUAAUGCAAACCCUUCCAUGGACGAUUUUAAUCACAAUGAUGAAUGGCUUUUGAAAAAUUUGCUAAAUGAUACAGAUUUUAAUAAUUCACCGAAAAAAAAAAUGUUAUCAGCAGAUUUUAUUGCUACUAAUAAAAUUAAGAAUGCCAAUUCCCCCCACUCAACGACUGUUAAUAAUAUAGGGAAUAAUAUGGUCGAGACUACAGACAGCAAUAGCUAUUAUUGUAAUAAAGGUGGUAACACUAGAUCGUCACCAGAUUUACCUUCAUUGUCUGCUAUGAUAGGUCUUGUUAAAAAUAAUCCAGUUGGAAAUAACUCUGAUGAUGAUGAAGAAAGUGCAUCAAAAUGUGGGUUUAAUAUUAAGUGUAAAGACAAACAAAGGAUAUACAAUGAAGAUGAGGAUGAUGAAGUGGAAGAAUUUGGUGAAGAUAGUUCUAUAACCUUAAAAAAACGUAGGAUUAUGCCUUCUUCUCCACCAAAUGAUAAUAAUUCCGGACAAGACGCCAAUGAUCCUGGUUUAAGGAUUAACGCUAAGAGAUCAAGUUUUGGAUCUUCUUCUUCGGUUAAUAUUACUUCUAAUUCUUUGGUUGAAGAUGAAAACGAUGAUUUGAAGAGCGAUGCUAUUAAAACAUUUCACACUAUAAUGAGUGGUGGUGUUGGUGCUUGUAUAAAUACAGAUAAUACUAGCAAUAGUUCACCAUUGACAACCCUUACAAACGCUAGUUAUAAUACUAAGCCAAAUAAUAAUGAAAAAGUUUCCUUUCCAAGUACAAUGACUACACCUAUAAUAGAGAUGGAUAUGUUUGAACAGCCUAGGUCAAACUAA